CAAAAUACCACAUCAACUCCCUCUCACUUUCUCUCACACCCAAAAACACACAGUAGCAAUGGCGACUUCUUCAUCGUGUUACACAUUUCCUCUGAACACCGGAAUCUUCUCGAAACAGCAAUCAAUCCUACCUCCUUCCACCUUUCUUCUCAGCUGCUUCACCAGACGCUCACAUCUCUCUCUCCGGUCGAUACCAGGGCGGCCGGUGUUAGUGGCGGCAACCGCCAACACCGUUGAUGUUGAGAAGUCGGCGGUGGCGGAAACUCCUUUGAAGAUUCUGCCGUUCCGAGUCGGCCAUGGGUUCGAUCUUCAUAGAUUGGAACCUGGUUACCCUCUUAUCAUCGGAGGCAUCAAUAUUCCACAUGACAGAGGUUGCGAAGCUCACUCCGAUGGUGAUGUGCUGUUGCAUUGUGUUGUUGAUGCAAUUUUGGGUGCUUUGGGACUACCUGACAUUGGGCAGAUUUUUCCGGACUCUGAUCCUAAAUGGAAAGGAGCAGCAUCAUCGGUUUUCAUCAAAGAAGCUGUGAGACUGAUGCACGAGGCCGGUUACGAGCUAGGAAACUUAGACGCCACUUUGAUACUUCAAAGACCAAAAUUAAGCCCUCACAAAGAGUCGAUUAGAGCCAACUUGUCUCUACUCUUAGGCGCAGACCCUCGUGUUGUGAACCUGAAAGCUAAAACUCAUGAGAAGGUCGACAGCCUUGGAGAAAAUAGAAGUAUUGCAGCACAUACCGUCGUGCUUCUAAUGAAGAAGUAAACAAAGAACAUAAGAAUUAUAUUGCUUUUCGUUCACUUCAUCGUAUCAAGAUUUAAUAGAAACGUGAACGACGAGUAUUAGUUUUAUGGUAUUAUUAUAGAAGUUGAUACAAAAGUCAUGAAUCUGGAUAUAAAUCUUAAAUGUUUCAUACACAAUGUUUGAAAUCAAAUUAUGGUUUCCUUUUCUUGUUUUGUUUUAUAAAUGAUGGUUUCAUUUGCCAAAA